CAUAUUCCAUAAAACCCAAAAAACCAUAACACCUUAGCUAGAUUUCAUCAUAUCGGUUUAUAUUAUUAAUCCUCCGAUUUUUUAUAAAUCGAAUCUUUUUUUUCCUUCCAUUAUCAUCUUGUUUACCCGUUCGUUCAAUAUAUCAUUGAACGUACAAAACAAAGAUUAUAUGUUUCUGAUGCAAAAGUCUCAAAUUGUGUCUCUCUCUUGUUUCUUCUUUAAUGGAUAAUAUCAACUUUGAAUUCUCAAACGCUUCACAAGGAAGCCAGCUACAGUCUCAGCCGCAACCGCAACCGCCCCAGCCGUUUAAUUUACAGAACUUGAAUAACAUGAUUCAAUACAAUCAACCAUCAUCUCCAUGGACUAGAGCCGAAACCUUCUCGGAGUUUCCUCCAUACGAUUGCACAGCCAAUCAAUCUUUCCCCUUACAAUGUUCAUCUUCAAAGCCUUACCCUUCCUCGUUUCAUCCCUACCAUCAUCUAUCACCGGAUCACACAUCAUUAGACCAAACCUUAUCCAUGGUUCCUAUGCCGCCUCUCCCGGAUCAAUAUUUGAAGCCAUCAUUAUAUCAAAGAUCAUGCGCGAACGAUUUCGCCGCAGCAAAUAAUGCUUCAUCGGCCUCGUACUCACUUUCUUUUGAAGCAAGUCAAGAUCCACAAGAACUAUGCAGGAGGACCUAUAGUAAUUCUAAUGUAACACAUUUGAAUUUCUCAUCAUCGCAUCAACAACUUAAACAAACUCCUUCAAAAUUUUCUUCUCAUACAUCAUUCUCAACCCAUGGAGGGUCGGUGGCUCCUAACUGUGUGAACAAGACACGAAUAAGAUGGACUCAAGAUCUACAUGAGAAGUUUGUGGAGUGCGUUAAUUGCCUCGGUGGUGCUGAUAAGGCAACGCCCAAAGCGAUAUUGAAGCUGAUGGAUUCUGAUGGACUCACAAUAUUUCAUGUCAAAAGCCACUUACAGAAAUAUAGGAUUGCAAAAUACAUGCCUGAGACCCAAGAAGGCAAGUUUGAGAAGAGAGCUUGUGGUAAAGAGCUGUCUCAGCUUGACACUAAAACUGGAGUGCAGAUUAAAGAGGCACUUCAGCUUCAACUAGAUGUUCAGAGGCAUCUUCAUGAACAACUAGAAAUUCAACGAAACCUACAACUAAGAAUCGAAGAACAAGGGAAACAAUUGAAAAUAAUGAUGGAGCAACAACAAAAAACAAAAGAGAGUCUUAUGAAGACACCCGAAGUUGAAGUAUCAUUGUCUCUUCCGGCUUCGGAUCGCACUCGUCCUCCUCCGCCCUUCUUGGUACAAGACGACACUGAAGCCCUGCAGAUGCUAACAAGUUAUGGAGACAAUCAAGUCCAGUCAAAGAUUAGUUGAAAAAAAGAGAGAAAGAAUGAGAGAUAUUGGCUACAUAGAAAAAGGGCCUAAAAGCAUGUUUCUACUCUAUUCAAAGUGGUAUAAAGUCAUAAGAGUCGCGACAAGAGAAUGUCCAAAGUGCUACACACACUAACACUUGGGAACAGAAUCAGGUACUAAAUGUGUGCAAGUGGUGUGUGAUGGGGUCUCAUUAGUCAUAGAGUAAUAGAUGUGUGAGACAUUAUUCUUAAUUAACUAUAUGAUUUGUGUUUUAAACAAAAAAACUCACACGAAGAGAUGACUUCUUAAAUUAGUAACGCUACCUUUUUAACAUCGUGCACGAGGAACCCCACUUUUUCUCCUU